AUGAUUAAACUCUAUAAGGCUAUUCUGCGCUAUUCAGGACAGAUUCGGAAUGCCCAAAAGCCUGGCGUCGGAAGAAACCUCUCGGACUGUUUCACUGCCAUUACUGGGCAUCCACUUACGGAGCUUAAGACCUCAGUCGAAAAAGAAAGGGAUAAUUUGCGCCGGUGGAUCGAGCUUGGUGGAUACCUGCAUCGUGAGAAGGAGGCGGAACACAUUCUUCUCAAAAUCGAUGAGCUUGGCGAAUCCCUGAAGCUUCUUCUUGAACAGUCUAGCCUUAUGCAUCUCCAUGUUGUGGAGGGAGCAUUAUAUGACUGUCAUGUUCACGAACAUGAGGACUUUUGCCUUCCAGGGACCAGAACCGAGCUUCUUUCCCGUAUCACGGACUGGGCGAAGUCCGAUGAUAAAUUCAUUUUUUGGUUGAAUGGGAUGGCAGGAACCGGGAAAUCUACCAUUGCACGCACAGUUGCACAAGGGUUCAAAGAACGGGGACUGCUUGGUGCCAGCUUUUUUUUCAAGCGGGGCGAAGCCGACCGUGGUACUGCAGCAUACUUAAUAACCAGUAUCGCAGGACAGCUGGUAACUAGACACAGACAACUGGUGCCUGAAGUCUUGAACGCCAUUAAGACGGAUCCGAAAAUUACAUCAAAGUUUCUGAGAGAUCAAUUUGACCAGCUUCUCUAUCGGCCUCUUCUCAAGCUGCGACCAGAGCAAUCUACCACGGUUGUGAUCGUUAUUGACGCCUUGGACGAAUGCGAAGGGGACAAAGAGAUAAAACUCAUACUUCAUCUCUUGUUCAAAUUACAAGAAAUUCAGUCGGUGCGCUUGCGAGUAGUCUUGACAAGCAGACCUGAACUUCCGAUCCGUCUGGGUUUCCAGAAUGAAGACAACUAUCAGGACCUAGUUCUCCAUGAACUUCCUGCUCCAGUAAUCGAACGCGAUAUUCGUCUGUUCCUGGAAUACAAGUUUCUAGAAAUACAACGCGAACACUCGCUUCCCUCCGACUGGCCUGGGAAUAAAAAACUUAAGCAACUGGUGCAGAUGGCUAUACCUUUGUUCAUCUUUGCAGCCACUCUUUGCCGCUUUGUUGGGGAUGAAGACUGGCUUCCGGAGGAGCGUCUUACGGCCGUUCUUGAAGAUAAAGCAACAACAUCGACAUCCGACAUGGACUGGACAUAUCUACCAGUACUGAACCAACUCCUUGCCGCGAAAAAUAAGAAGGAAUUUGAGCAACUCUUACAAGAGUUUCAGAAUAUCGUCGGCGUGAUUGUUCUUUUGGCUACCCUCUUUCAGUUGUUUCACUCUGUCCUUAGUGUACCAGCGGAUCUCGAAGCACCGAUUCGCAUUCUGCAUCUUUCAUUUCGAGACUUCUUAAUUCAGACAGAAGGUGACUUUCGUAUUAAUGAACAGAAUACACAUCGACAAAUAGCAUUACACUGUCUCCGCGUCAUAGACACUCGGCUCAGGCACAAUAUCUGUGAUCUGGCAAGUUACGGAAUACAGUGCAAGGAUAUCGAUCCUCAGAUGAUCCAGCAGUGUCUCCCGGCUGAUUUGCAAUACUCCUGCUAUUACUGGGUGUACCAUCUGAAGCAGAGUCAGGGUGGUAUCUCUGAAUCUGAAAUUCUCUCUUUUCUUCAGAAGCGGUUCCUUCACUGGUUGGAAGCGCUAGCUUUAAUGGGGAAAAUAUCUGAGGCGACAGGAAUGAUAGAGACAUUAGAGUCAAGAACAUGGAGGAAAGCCGAUCCUACUCUUUUGGGGUUUCUAUAUGAUGCAAGAAGAUUUACUCUUCAAAAUGCUUAUAUGGCUGGCAUUGCUCCACUGCAACUCUACUGUUCCGGGCUAGCGUUUGCACCAGCGCAAAGUGUCAUCAAGGGGACUUUUCUUAGCGAAAUACCAGAACAGAUGCAGAGGCUGCCAGCUGUAAUAGAUUCCUGGAGCACAACUCUACAGACGCUAGAGGGCCAUUCAGAUACGGUUAACUCAGUGGCCUUCUCUCCCGAUGGGCUCACGCUGGCAUCAGGCUCGGAUGACUAUACCAUUAAGCUCUGGGAUACGGCGACUGGCACACAGCGGCAAACGUUAGAGGGCCAUUUAGGUUGGGUUAGUUCAGUGGCCUCCUCUCCCGAUGGGCUUACGCUAGCAUCGGGCUCGGAUGACUACACUAUUAAGCUCUGGGAUAUAGCGACCGGCACGCAGUGGCAGACGCUAGAGGGCCAUUCAGAAUCGGUUACUUCAGUGGCCUUCUCUCCCGAUGGGCUUACGCUAGCAUCAGGCUCAGAUGACUGCACUAUUAAGCUCUGGGAUACGGCAACUGGCGCGCAGCGGCAGACGCUAGAGGGCCAUUUACAUUCGCUCUGGGAUAUAGCGACCGGCACGCAGCGGCAGACAUUAGUGGGCCAUUUACAUUCGGUUAGAUCAGUGGCCUUCUCUCCCGAUAGGCUCACGCUGGCAUCGGGCUCGGAUGACUGCACUAUUAAGCUCUGGGAUACGGCGACCGGCACGCAGCGGCAGAUAUUAGAGGGCCACUCAGAUUUGGUUAGUUCAGUGGCCUUCUCUCCCGAUAGGCUCACGCUGGCAUCGGGCUCGGAUGACUGCACUAUUAAGCUCUGGGAUACGGCGACCGGCACGCAGCGGCAGAUAUUAGAGGGCCAUUUAUCUUUGGUUAGUUCAGUGGCCUUCUCUCCCGAUGGGCUUACGCUAGCAUCGGGCUCUGGCGACUGCACUAUUAAGCUCUGGGAUACGGCGACUGGCACGCAGCGACAGACGCUAGAGGGCCAUUUAUAUUUAGUUAGUUCAGUGGCCUUCUCUCCUGAUGGGCUCACGCUAGCAUCGGGCUCCGGCGACUGCACCAUUAAGCUCUGGGAUACGGCAACUGGCACGCAGCGACAGACGCUUGAGGGCCAUUUAGGUUGGGUUAGUUCAGUGGCCUUCUCUCCCGAUAGGCUUACGCUAGCAUCGGGCUCCGGCGACUGCACCAUUAAGCUCUGGGAUACGGCAACUGGCACGCAGCGACAGACGCUAGAGGGCCAUUUAGGUCGGUGGCCUUCUCUCCCCGAUGGGCUCACGCUAGCAUCGGGCUCGAGCGACUGCAGUAUCAAGCUCUGGGAUACGGCGACCGGCACGCAGCGGCAGCAUUUACAUUCGGUUAAUUCAGUGGUCUUCUCUCCCGAUGGGCUCACACUGGCAGAGGGCCAUUCAGAUUGGGUUAAUUCAGUGGCCUUCUCUCCGGAUGGGCUCACGCUGGCAUCAGGCUCGGAUGACUGCACCAUCAAGCUCUGGGAUACGGCGACCGGCACGCAGCGGCAGACGUUAGAGGGCCAUUCAGAUUCGUUUAGAUCAAUGGCCUUCUCUCCCGAUAGGCUCACAACGGCUCUCGAGAAAGCUCCUGGCAAUUUCCAGAUAUCAUUAUCGAGUAACUGGGUUGCUUUGGGAGGUGAGAAUUUACUAUGGCUCCCAACUGAGUAUCGUUCAUUUCAAUGCCAGGCUGUCAAGGAUGCCACACUUGCACUCGGGUAUAGGGAUGGGCGGGUUUUAUUGAUAGGCUUCCAUACGCAUACAGUAUAA